CUGAGAAACCAUAAACUGUACAGAGAUACGCAAACAGACAUUAACUGCGGCAGGUGAUUCCAAAGGCUUAAGGAAGGAAAUGUAUUUUACAGAAACAACAUUUUCUUACUAAAGGAGUCAAAAUAAAAGAAAUCAUCAAGAUGUUUAAGCUCUGUGGAUCUGAUCUAUUCUAUCUUCUGGUAUUUUACCUGGCUGUGUGUAAUGGUAUGAGGAAAUUGGACCUCCGUGGACCUCUGCAAGACAUGACUUUCUCUGUUCAAGAAGGGACAACUGGAGUCCGUGUAAUAUACGAGUUUACAAUUGAGCCGCCUGCUGUCAGUUUGAGACUGUCUGGUGAAAAAGAUGGCAUCACUGAGAUUGCAUUAAGGGACGGAUAUCUAUAUCUCAACGGGUCAUUAGACAGGGAAAACAAGGCAAUCCACAGGCUACAGGUGGAGGCUCUGAAUGAAAAGGGAGAGAAAGUGAAAGGUCCCUACUCUAUUACUAUCAAUGUUCAGGAUAUUAAUGACAACUCACCAAAGUUUGACAAGACAAAAUACUAUGGAGUAGUAAGGCAGAAUUCCCGUCCAGGCAAACCCUUCAUGUAUGUCAGCGCCACUGACCGUGAUGAUCCUGCAACUCCCAAUGGCCAGCUGAGUUACAGCAUUCUCCACCAUUUCCCCAACCCUUACAAUGUGAUGCUUUUUCAGAUUGAUAACAUAACAGGAGCAAUUUCCACAAGUGAGAAUGGAUUUCAUCUCUUAGAUCCCCAAAAGCAAGAAAUGUUCCUUCUUGUUGUCACAGUAAAGGAUUUGGCAGGAAUGUCAGAGAAUGCUUUAACCAGUAACACUGAUGUGGAACUAAUUGUGAAGGAGAAUCUUUGGAAGGCACCUCCAGAUGUCUAUAUUAAAGAAAACUCUACUGAGCCUCAUCCCAUCGCUAUCGCACAGGUACAGUGGAAUGAGCCAGGUGCAAAAUAUGAACUUUUGGAAAAGGAGAGGCUGUCCAAGUUCCCAUUUACAAUUGACCAAAAUGGGACUAUUUAUGUGACUGAACCCUUGGAUAGGGAAGAAAAGGAACAGUAUUCAUUUUUUGCAACCGCAAAAGAUGAUGGAGGAGUGGACCUGGACCGACCUUUGUCAGUCACUGUUCUGGUUCAAGAUAUUAAUGAUAAUCCUCCUGUGUGUCAGAAGGCUUUGACUAUAUUUGAAGUUCAGGAGAAUGAAAAAGAAGGGAGUAAUAUUGGAACUCUUCAUGCAACAGACAUGGAUAAAGAAGACACUCUUAAUUCUCGCCUGCAGUUCCGUAUUGUGGACCAGAUUCCCAAAAUCCCUUUUGAUAACCUCUUUAUUAUCCAGCAAGAAGCUGGGACUUUCCAGUUAACUAGAGCUUCAUUAAACAAGAGGAUAAUUUCGAAUUAUUCUGUGACUGUAGAGGUGACAGAUAAAGUGUUCACAACAUUGUGUGAUGUGAAAAUAAACGUCAUUGACAUCAAUGAUCAGAUUCCCAUCUUUGAAAAAUCGGACUACGGUAUUUGGAAUAUUUCUGAAGAUACUCCAGUAGGAAAAGUAAUACUGGAAAUUCAAGCUGCAGAUGCUGAUGAACCUUUCACUGGGAGCUCUGAAAUCAUUUACAAAAUUGAAGGGGGAGACCAGAACAAAAUCUUUAUUAUAGAGACAGAUCCCCAAACAAAUAGGGGAUACGUCAAGCUUAACAAGGUUCUUGAUUUUGAAAUGUCUCCAGAGUACAACCUGACAGUCAAUGCCACAAAUCCAGAACCUUUGGUGCAUGGAGUACAGUAUAAUUCAAGCUCCACUGCUUAUUUCAGAGUAGUUGUGGUGAACAUGGAUGAAGCGCCAGUUUUCUCCAAGAACAUUUAUAUAGGAGAUACAUUUGAAGAUGUUACUGUAGGCACAUUGGUGACGACAGUGACGGCCAAUGAUCCUGAGGGAAGCAAGAUAAGAUACACGUUGAAAAACGACAAGAGAAACUGGCUGCGGAUCGAUACACUGUCUGGAAAGAUAUAUACUGCCGCUCCUUUGGAUCGAGAAGUAGAACAUGAAUAUAGAGUACAAGUCAUUGCGACAGAAGAAAAUAAAAAACCUCAGAGCUCCACAGCAGACUUCACACUAUACAUAAAAGAUGUGAAUGAUAAUCCUCCCCGGAUAGUAAAAGGUGAUUCACUAUUCUUCUGCCAUCCGCUCCAGAACGGAGUAAAAGCAGAGAUCCAGGCCACCGAUGACGAUGAACAACUGUAUUUUCCAAAUUUCACUUUUUCUCUUGGUGGUGAUGAAAAUGUACAGAAUGUCUGGGAAAUUUCUAGAAUAGAUGGCACCCACGCUUACCUUUCCCCGAAGCAGAGCAACCUAGAGAAAAAGAAUUACAUAGUUCCAUUAAAAAUUAAUGACAAUGGAAAGCCACCUUUGGAAGGAAACCUGACAGUUCAAGUAAAUGUCUGCAAGUGUACCGAUGAUCAUAGAUGUUUUAUAGAAACAGAGAACCACGGGGGGAUGCCAACCAUUGGCAUGGCGAUUGGGAUUCUUCUUGGCGUAUUGCUGUUCAUUGGUUUGAUUGUGGGAGGAGUAUUUCUCAAAAUGAAAAUCGAUGGAAAGAAAGAAUCUAAGACAAAUGCAGCUGACCCUUCUGAAUUGAAAACAUUAAAUUAAUUAUUGUUUGUUUUACCAGGAGAACAAAUGACUUUUCUAACUCAGACCUCACAUAAAUGUGUGUUCCAAAACUCUUGACACGAGCACGUGCAUGCAGGUUUCUUCUACAGCCCACUUUUAUUAGAUAUUAGGAUUCAGUUACAAAAUCAAAACCACACAAUGUAUAGUGACAGCUAUUAAUAAAAAUAUCAUUCCUUCCCAGGAAUUAAUCUGUUCUGGUACCAAAAAGCUGUGAUCCCACAAAGUCUUACAGUCCUGUUAAUGUGGAAACUUCUAGUAAAUGCAGACUACUCUAUAUUCUUAGAGAAAGUUUUUUUUUCCCCACAACUCUCUUUACACCAACAAGUUAACAGAAUGUCAAGUAAUGUACACAGAGAAUGUAAUUAAAUGAAGUUCUGCAGUAAAUUUAGGGCUUUCCCACAAAGUCAGAGAGAUCCCUUGACUGAAAUAACUGCUCCCCCAAAUUAUCUACACCUGGAGAUAUUAUGACAUGAAAUACUCUCACCUGCUUAUUAUUAUAUUAGUUUUGUGAAUUUAGAACAGGAAGAGUUACCUUAGCUCACCAAUAUGUUAAGCAAUUUAGGUUAGUGAAAUAGUACGUAUUUUUCCCCUUUAUUGUGUGUAUUCAUGAAUAGUCUAUAUAGUUUGUGUGCGCACCAUUGUCCUGCUUUAAUAUUCCAAGAAGAGCAAAAAAAGAAAGAUUAGUAAAGACUGUACUAAUUAGUUGACAUUAUAAUAUUGCAGAUAACUCCUGGCCCUGUACAUAUUAUAUAGUAGUUAUGUAUUCUCUCAAGGGAUUUAUUGCCUGUCCAUGAAAAAAGGAUAGAAAACUAAUGCUGUUUGGCAAUACUUAACAGAAAGCUUUCCAUGAUAGAGAUCUAAAAUGGUAACUUGACAUGUAUCUAAUUCAUGCCUGUUUAUAUCAAGAGGGAAUUUAUAAUCAAUGUGUAGUGCACCGAAAAUGUCUAUGCCUACAAGCUGUGUCUUGGAUUUCAGUGAAUUCCAUUUGGCCCAUAUAUCACAUUUUGGGAAGAAAGUACCAUUGGUUUAGAAAAUAGGCUUAUAUUAAUGCAUUAUUUGGUGGUAUGCUGAUAAAGGACUAUUUGUUUUAUUUUUUUAAGCAUGGAAUAAAAACUUACUUAUGUUCUAAAUUUGAAAGGCUGUGUUCUUUUAAAAGAGAGAGGGGGGAAAAGCUCCGCUAGAAGUGGGGAGUGGUAUGAGUGGGUGGGUGAAUGUUUACUUAGAAAUUGUUAGUCACUUUUGUAUAAAGUACACAUCUGGAAGGAAAGGAACAUUUCUCUGGUAUAAUUUCAUUAAAAUAAGUUUUCCUAGAGUACUGCCAAUAGAAACUUUGUUUUUGGCCUUUUGCCAUGUCUCACUACAUUAUAGUGUCCCUCUGUUGAAGGUUGGAGAGAUUUUGUUGCUUGCUGUGAGGGUUAUUUCACCUGCUGAAGUGUAUUUUAUAGUGAGAAGAUCUGUUCAUUGUGCUUGACAUCUGUGACAUUGAAGUACAUCAGAGGAUGCAGUGUUAGGGAUGAGUGCAUUUACAUUUGUAUAAAUCAUAUAAAUAAAAUAAAUGAUCAGGAACCAAAG